AUGAUGACUAUCAAACAAUCAAACUUGGUGUUACCACCAAUCUCUAGCAUACUGCCUCCCCAAUAUUUUAGCAAUGAUAUGGUCGCGCAACCUCCGUCACCUUCUCAAUCCUGCCCUUCUCCAUCAGCUUCUACCUCCAUUGCAUAUCUCAAUGUAAAUCAGUUCAAUUCCCCAGAACAAUAUUCAAAUUUAACACAAAGAUAUACUACCAAUAAUGCUACGUAUAAUAUCAGCAGCAACAAUAGUAGUAGUGGAUCUACUUAUUCGGUGACGAACUUUGUUUCAGCAGAUGAACAACAGGGCCUGGAUCCUAAUACAGUAUCUCGUCGAGGAAGCGCUUUUAACAAUGAUCUUAAUGGAAUGACGGCUGGUCGCGUUCAUACCUUAGGUCAAUACAAUGGUAGCUACAACUCUGUUUCUCUCUCCCACCCACAAAUUCCUUCGGCAAUGGUUCAAUCAUCUCCUCCAACUGCACUAUCUACAAUUGUUCCAACGCGAAGAAACUCAAUGUACCAACUUCCUCCACCUCCUACUCCGCCUUCUAUUCAUGCCAGUCAUCAACCAACUUAUCAAGAGCAUAUCCAAAAUCACAAUCAACAGGAUAAUCACCAUCAUCUCCAUCAUCAUCAUAAUGGACACACGUUAUCAGGUAAAGGUAACAGAUCUAUUGGUAGAUCACAUGUAUGUGAGCAAUGUGGUAAACAAUUCACUAGACCAAGUGCAUUAAGAACUCAUAUGCUGGUGCAUUCAGGGGCUAAACCAUUUAAAUGCACUUGGGACGAUUGUAAUAAAACAUUCAACGUGAAGAGUAAUUUGAUAAGGCAUCUGAAAUUACACAAAGAAAGAUCUUCGAAAGUACCCAGUCAAUCGCCAAAAUAG